CUUCUGGUUAGAGUGUCCAUUUUGAUCACAUGUGAGUAUCUCCAGUCUGUUCUCCUUUUUUCACGGUGAGUCUGACCGAACUGCUUGUGAUUGUUCGAGAAAGUUCAUAAAACGUGUGCUAAAGGAUCAAGAAAAUAAAGGUCCACGUUAUUCGAAGUCAGUUGAUAUCCGUGAUAUCCUCGAACCUUCCCCUGAGAGUCGGCAACUUUGACGACCAACCGCACGCAAUCCUUUUCGCGCCAUCUUCGUCAAGAAAACGGUGACAAAACCGCAGUAAACUCGUCCUCGAAGAUUAACCAGAUUAAAAAAAAAAAAAACUAAGGAUGGCAGACAUAGAGGAUACUCACUUCGAAACCGGGGAUUCCGGUGCGUCUGUAACAUACCCAAUGCAGUGUUCGGCACUGCGUAAAAAUGGGUUCGUAAUGCUCAAAUCCCGGCCAUGUAAAAUUGUAGAAAUGUCAACUUCCAAAACAGGAAAGCAUGGUCAUGCCAAAGUGCAUCUUGUAGGCAUUGAUAUUUUUACUUCAAAGAAAUAUGAAGAUAUAUGCCCCUCCACGCACAAUAUGGACGUGCCGUUCGUUAAACGGGAAGAUUACCAGCUAGCAGACAUAUCCGACGAUGGCUACUUAUGCCUGAUGGCUGAUAAUGGUGAACUUCGCGAGGAUUUAAAAAUUCCUGACGGUGAACUGGGUACUCAGUUACGUGCUGAUCAUGAGGCUGGAAAGGAGCUUCUUUGCACUGUGCUGAAAGCCUGUGGUGAGGAGGUCGUGAUCGCCAUCAAAACCAACACUGCCAUCGAUAAAUAAUUGUGUUCAGUCCAAACUCCACCAUCACAUUAAAGAAAAAA